UUCUGAUGACAGCCGAGGGCCCACACUGUGGAUCAGUCUUUCCGGGGUUCAAACAGCAAGUCUAGUGAGCUUAAGGCGAGUCGAGGACCAUCGAUGACAAAUUGAUAGUAUAUCUAUGCAACGUUUGCGUUAAAAACAGGCGCACUGCCUUUCAGAAACACAUCCAGUGCGGCACGGCAUCAAGGAUUUUCGUGGACUACUGCAGCGGCUAACAGUUCGCAGCUAAAUAGUUAGCCACGACCGCAGACAGGUAUGUCUGAAGUUAGUCUUGAGGUUGAAUCGGGGAAGACCUCAGCCAAGGACUCUCACAUGGAUUGUGUGGAGGCUGACAAAGCGGAAGAGAGUUUGAGUGAGGAUGUACAGCAGGAGAGUGUAGACAGCAGUAGGGCACGAGAUGAAGGAGGUGAUGUGCUGUACGACGUUGAUAUUGACAGCGCCGAAGAAAACGAUGACAGAGAUGUUCAGGAGGAGGCUGAGGGCAUUCAGAGGGAGAGUGUAGUGGCACGCAGUGACAGCGAUGCCGUACACGUGUCUGACAGUGUAGAAAAUGGGGGACGCGAGACAAAUCAUCGUGUUGAAACAGCUGAAAGCCCAGAGGAGAGUGGAGAGUCUCACACUGAAACAAAGGAAAGCACAAUGACUGAGGAGUCCCAUAGAAGCUCUGCCGCUGAGAUCCCAGUCACCAGCAAUGGAGACCUGGAUCAGAGCCCUGAGACAGUAUUCCAGAGGGACUCCUACCCCAGUGGCCCCGGGGCCCUGAACCUUUCAGAGUCCUGUGUCUCCGCCAGCAACUUUGCGUCAACAACAGAGGGCAUCAUUGAAUCAGGACCAUACAAAGGGUCAGCAAGCCUGCCCACAUCACCCGUGGCACCUGUAGCUCCCAGCUCAGCUGUUGCUAGCCGCCUGGCACGCUCUUCCAGCGAUAGUCAGGCUGAGCAAGGCCCAAUGAAUGCACAGCCAAACAGUGGAGCAGUGGUCCUUUCAGAUGACUUAAAGAGCCCAGCCAUGGAAAAACUGGACCUAGUGAGAAAGUGGAGCAUCAACACAUACAAAUGUACCAGGCAGAUCCUGUCAGAGAAGCUGGGACGGGGCUCGAGGACCGUAGACCUGGAGCUGGAGGCUCAAAUCGAAGUCCUCCGCGACAACAAGAGGAAGUACCAGAAUGUAAUCAAGCUGGCUCAGACGCUGGCCACUCAGCUGUCCCAGAUAAUGCAGACGCAGAGGCAGCUGGGCGACGCCUUCGCUGACCUCAGCCUCAAGUCACCAGAACUGCAUGAGGAGUUUGGUUACAAUGCUGACACCCAAAAGCUUUUGUCCAAAAAUGGAGAGACACUGCUGGGUGCCAUCAACUUUUUCAUCAGCAGCGUUAACACACUCGUGGACAAAACAAUCGAAGACACCAUGAUUAAUAUCAAACAGUAUGAAGUUGCCAGGGUUGAGUACGAUGCGUACCGUACAGACUUGGAGGAGCUGAAUCUGGGCCCACGUGACGCCACCACAAUGCCCAAGAUCGAACACUCCCAGCAGCAGUUCCAGAUCCACCGCGAGAAGUACGAGAGGAUGCGAAACGACGUCUCCGUCAAACUGAAAUUUCUGGAAGAGAACAAGGUGAAGGUAUUGCACAACCAGCUCAUCCUGUUCCACAAUGCCAUAGCUGCGUACUACGCUGGAAACCAACAGCAGCUGGAACAGACACUCAAGCAGUUCCACAUCAAGUUGAAAAUGCCGGGUGGGGACAGUCCAUCCUGGUUGGAAGAGCACUAAUCACUCCUUUUGAAGCCACAGCGGCUCAGUUUGACAGGAACUGUCACAGUCUACAGAAACUACAGGAAACUACCCUCCUCUCUUCAACUCUACUGUCACUGCCUUUCAAACUUUCACAACUGUAAAUCCUUUUAACUCAAAACACAAAAUGAAAAAAAAACCUCCUACAAUCCUUUUUACUCUUGUUGUGAAAUCAUCCUUUUCAUGUCGCAGUUAUUUGAAAUCAUAGGAAACGCACUUUUAUACUGUUUGACAAAUCUGUUGAGCAGGAGCGGCUGCAGUAAACACAUUUGGAAACUCUAAAUGGCCUUUUGUAUUCCAGCAUAUGAAUGUUGCAUCCCAGCUCAGCAGACACGUUGGCUCCCUACGGCCAACUACGGGAUCAAAACGACUGCCGUUUUACUCAUUAUUAAUUUUACUCUGCUCAGCUGACUGGGAUGGGGACGAACACUUUAUGAAAGCCUAAUCAGGACGUUUCAGGAGAAUCUGAACAUGAAUUCUCUCAUGAUUUGAUUUUUACACCUGUUGUGACAGACAGCGGAAAACGGAAUUCAGAUUUAUGAAUCAUGCAAACUGCUCAUUUUUGCAAGCAAACUGAUUAAUAAUGUAGUUUGACAUGUUGGGAAGUACAUGUGUUUGCUUUCUUGCUGAGAGUUCGUUCAGUAGACUGUUUCAUUGCUAUUCUGUUGCUAGGGCAACGUCUUUGGUCCCUGUUUACUUCCUGUCAGCUACAGCAUUUACAAACAUUCCAACAGGAAGUACACCUGGACCCAUUUAGAACAUCUAAGUUUUCAAGUUUGAAACAGUCUAUAUGAGGCGUGUUAUUAUGGAUCCCACUGCGUUUUUGGUGCUGGUACAGGCUAAAACUUGAACUAACCAUGACCUUUGUCCUAACCCUAAAUGCCUCAGACUUCAACACAUCAAUGUGACCAGUAAUGGCCAGUCACAGCGCAGUAGGGUGGGACUCGCCAAGAGAAGCAGGGGGAUCCAUAACGCUCAUAAUGCUGCAUUCAAGUGCACCCUGGAUGGUCUCAUUUCACAAGCUGGGAAGUCCUUCUUCCGACUUUGGCGAGUUUUUAACUCAUUAUGUGGGAAGACAUGGACGCAACAAAGAAGAUUUUUAUAUUUAAAUGCUCAGAAUGUUUAACGUCCCAGUGGAGAUUCUCGUUGCCAGUCUGAACAGUUUGAAGCUUUAUGUUACAAAGUGAUUUUGUCCGACUUGUUGCUGCACCAGUACAUCCCCUGAAACCACUAAAAUUUUGCUUUACCUGACUAAUGCUAAUGAAUAACUUCUCUCACUAAUCUAAAUCAAUAUACAUGGACAGCAACUAAUAGUAACGUGUUAGCAAAAAAUUGACAUGCAAUAUGUGAAAUUAUUUAAAAAGUUUAUCACCAUCAGCUGAACAUUUACUUAUGUCCACCAUGUUUCCACGUAUGUGACAUCAACUUGGCAACUCAUGUACCAAAAUUUUCGCCAACUUUCCCAGUUGUUCCUCAUUAAUGUGAAUUUUCCCAGUUGGGGAACUAAUUUUCCGAUCAUUCCAACACCACACGAAUGCAAGGUUAGGCAACAACCAGCAGCCAUUUAGUUUAGCUUAGCAUUAAGACAGGCAACGGGUGAAACAGCUAGCCUGACUCUGUCCAAAGGUGAAAAAACAUUCUGCCUAUAAGUACCUCUAAACCUCACUAAUACAAAAACCAAAGUGUAAAAAAAUUGUGGUUUCAUGGGAGGUUAUGUACCUUAAAAUGGAGCCAGGCUAGCUGUUUCCCUCUGAUUCCAGACUUUAUGCUAAGCUAAGAUAACCAGCUGCAGGCUGUAGCUUUAUAUUUAAAGACAUUAGAGGAGUAUUGAUCUUCUUAACUCUCAGCGAGAAAAAACAAAUGAGAAUAUUUCCCAAAAUGUCAAACUAUUACUUUAAAAUAAAAUGUCAAAGUCACACUGAUGGCUGUUCACAACAAAUCCUGCAUGUUGUGAUAUGAUUACGUUGACAUGAUGCUACUUUUAAUCAACAUUGCCCUCUGUUUUUUUAGCAUUUCCCUAUUUUGUCUGCGUUCAUGGCAUACGACUGAAUGGGUACAAGUGUUGAUUCUCUUAAAUUCCAGAGAAAAUGAAGGACCAGCCUUAUGUGACUAAAUGUGCCUUGAAUUCUUGAAUUUGUUCCUCUCUUCCCCUCUGUGCUUUGAUACCUGGUCUUGUUGAAAACAGGCGCUCUCACUACCAGUUUACGGGACCAACUCUUGAAGGAAGAGAAUGGACCAAACACAGAUGCACACAUACACACACAUAAACACACUCGGAGAACAGUACAGUUAGAGCCUACACAACUGUACAUUAAAACACUCCACGCAGCACAAAUAUAAUACUCCAGUAACAUUCAAAAAGUCUGAAUAUAUUUUAAGACUUGCUGUUCUCAAAGAUAUUUAUCCAUGUUGCACUUGCACAUUUAUGCAUUUGAGACUAAUUACGACAAACUUGUAAGAACUGUAUGAUAUGUAAACCAAAAUACAACUAACUUGACAAACUUUUUUGUAAAUUUGAAAGACCAGCAUCCUUUACCUGAGCUGCUAACAGUUUCUUUCAUUGGGUUAUAUUAAAAUAUAUUUUUCAGACAGGACAUAUUGUACGCUGGUAUUGAUAACCUGCUGUCAUGUCCUCACUUUGUUGAUUUGUACUUUUCCUAUGGCUCACCAUAGUGGUUUGAGAGUGUGAAUCUUGUACAACAAUCUAUUGUUUCCCUGAAAUAGAUGGAUAUAUAUUUGUAAUUUUCUCGAUUUUACCUUGUAGUUUAUGAUCAAUGCUGCCAUUUGGCUUUGUUUUUUCCCUGAAGACCUACAGAAUGAUGUGCUAGUACUAGUACGUGCUGGUGGAUCUCUACCUUUGUAAUAAUGAAACAUUAACAAAUGUUGAAUUAAGGAAAAAGGAUUCUGAAUGUUGUGUAACCUCUUUGGGAAAAUAAAAGUUUCUUUUCUUUAUCAUCUA